AUGUCCGUUGCCGGCGCUUUAUCCAACCGUCCUCUCACCAGUAAUACUCGUGAAAGCGUUGAACGGUACAACAGGCUAGAUGUUUUAGGUGAGGGUACCUACGGUAUUGUUUAUCGAGCGGUUGACAGAACGAACGGCCAGGUGGUUGCACUGAAAAAAGUUCGGCUUGAUCGCAACGAUGAAGGAAUUCCCCAAACUGCAUUGCGGGAGGUUUCGGUCCUACAAGAGGUACAUCAUCCCAACAUCGUUAAUUUGCUGGAUGUAAUCUGCUCUGACGGUAAGCUUUACCUCAUCUUUGAAUUCGUCGACCGCGAUUUGAAAAAGGCGCUUGAAAAGCAUGGACCUUUCACCGGCAUGGAGCUAAAGCGGCUUAUUUUUCAGUUGCUGGAUGGCCUUUUUUUUUGCCAUCGACAUCGUAUUGUCCACCGUGAUCUCAAACCAGCCAAUAUUCUGCUCACUCAAAACGGCGUCCUGAAACUGGCCGACUUCGGUCUCGCGCGUGCUUUUCAGGUCCCUAUGCACACCUACACCCAUGAAGUAGUGACUUUAUGGUACCGAGCCCCGGAAAUUCUACUCGGGGAAAAACACUACGCACCGGCUGUGGAUAUGUGGAGUGUUGGCUGUAUUUUUGCUGAGCUCGCGAGGGGGAAGGUUAUGUUUCGUGGCGACAGUGAAAUUGGGCAGCUCUUUGAGAUCUUUCAGGUUCUAGGAACACCAAUAGAUUGCGAGGGUUCCUGGCCGGGUGUGUCGCGUUUGCCAGACUAUCGUGAUGUAUUCCCGAAAUGGCCAGCCAAACACCUUGAUCAAAUAAUACCAGGCCUAGACGCAGAAGGAAUUGAUCUCCUCAUGAGAAUGCUUAAGUACGAUCCGGCGGAGCGUAUUUCAGCCAAGGCAGCACUAAGGCAUCCGUGGUUUAAUGAUCUUAGACUUUGA